GUCCUCACUCUCCUGCUUUGCAGGAAGCACCGCGGUUUUCAACAGGCAGACCUGGUUCAUCUGGUCCCUGUCUGAAGGGAUGGAGUCUUGGGCACCCCUGAACUGAGCCCCUGUGGAGGGACCAUGGAGCAUGGGGAUUCAGCUGAACGGGCUGUGGAGUCUCCACCUGGAAAAUCCCACCCUGAAUCUGCUUGGUCAUGGAUUCCAAUGAUGAAGGACCCUGGAUGGAUCCGAAACGUGUGGACUUCUAACCUUAACGCUCAAACCAUGAAUUACGUGGGACAGUUAGCAGGCCAGGUCUUCGUUACGGUCAAGGAGCUCUACAAGGGUCUGAACCCCGCCACGCUGUCCGGAUGCAUUGACAUCAUCGUGGUGCGUCAGCCCAACGGCAACCUUCAGUGCUCGCCCUUCCAUGUCCGCUUCGGGAAAAUGGGGGUGCUGCGCUCCCGGGAGAAGGUGGUGGACAUUGAAAUCAAUGGGGAAUGUGUGGAUCUGCACAUGAAGCUGGGAGAUAAUGGAGAAGCGUUUUUUGUUCAAGAGACGGACAAUGAUCAGGAGGUGAUUCCCUUGCACCUAGCGACAUCCCCCAUCUUGUCGGAGGGCUCCAUGCACAUGGAGAGCCAGAUCAAGCGCAGCGCCCUGGAGCGGGGCAGAAACCUGGAACCCUGCAGCUCCGCGCAGCCGCAGGCAGUGAAUGAGAUGCUGUCCGCAGGCAUGUCUGUGAAGAAGAGGAGGAAAAGGAGGAGGAAGUGUCAGCUGGACAACCUCAAGCGAGAUGACAGCGUCCACACUUCGGAAGAGGAGGACCUGUUUCCCAUCGAGAUGAGCUCUGAUGAGGACUUGGUGUCUUUGGAUACUGCUAGAACACUUAUUCAUGACGGACCUGCAUUUAGAGAUAAAGUACCUCAGAAAAACCCUUCUCCCAUGGCCGCUUUCCCACAGUCGGUGUGUUAUGCUAAUUCAGAUAAAGAGUGGUCGCCUGACCAGAGUGAGCCGGUAGAUUGCAAAAGGAUGCCCCCUCGUCUCACAGUUGUCGCGGAAGGAGGCCUUUCUAGCUCCUGCCCUCCACCGUCCUCCCAUUUCCAGUCUUCAGAAAGUCCUCCAGGUUCUCGCCCUGCAACGCCUCAGAGUGAUUCAGAACUGGUCAGCAAGUCCCUGGAGAGGGGAUUGCAGAAGAAUAACCCGCAGAUGCUGUGGCUGUGGGGAGAGCUGCCCCAGGCUGCCAAGACCACAUCUCUGCACAAGAUGAAAGACUUAGCCAACAGGAGCUUUUCAGAUAAGAUGCUUUUCCGGGUUAUCAAGAGUGAAUCUUCAGAGACUUGUAGUGACUCCCUCCCCUCGCCUUCGGGGGGCCACAGUGAGAUCCUGAUCCCGCCAGAGAAGGUCAAGGCUCUGCCUGAGGGGUCAUUCACGGGGGAACAAAAUCCGGAAGUCUUGGGCGCUACGGCCACUGUGGCCACCGCCACAGCUGCCACGUCCACCACCACUGCCGUGGCCGCCAUAGCCACCACGUCCACGACGCCCACGGCAGCCAUGGAAGCCACGGUCACGGCAGCCCCACUGCUGCCCACCAUCGAGGAGUCCAAACAACCCCAGCCCAACUCCAGUCUCCAGGGGAAUAAGAUGGAUUCUCCAUCCAGGAAAAGAGACAAGAGGAGCAGGCACCUUGGAGCCGAUGGCGUCUACCUGGACGACCUGCCUGAUAUGGACCCUGAGGUCGCUGCCCUUUAUUUCCCCAAAAAUGGUGACGGUGGUGGCGUGGCCAAAAGUAGCAGCGAGGGUGCCCCCCGCUCGGCCAGCCAGUCGCCUCAGUCGGUGGGCAGCUCGGGUGUGGACAGCGGUGUGGAGAGCACCUCAGACGGCCCCCGGGACCUGCCUUCCAUAGCCAUCUCACUCUGUGGGGGGCUCGGUGAGAGCAGAGAAAUCACCACCGAUGAGUUUUUAGAGCAGGAGGUGUCCUACCAGCAGUUUGUGGACAACCCGGCGAUCAUCGAUGACCCCAACUUGGUGGUGAAGAUCGGUAACAAAUACUACAAUUGGACCACAGCAGCUCCCCUCCUUCUGGCCAUGCAGGCCUUCCAGAAACCUUUGCCAAAGGCCACGGUGGAGUCCAUCGUGAGGGACAAGAUGCCCCGGAAGGGAGGACGAUGGUGGUUCUCAUGGAGGGGACGGAACACAGUUAAAGAGGAAAGCAAGCCAGAGCAAUGCUUGUCUGGAAAGGGUCUCAUUAUGGGGGAGCAGCCAUCCAAGCUAAACAUUGGAAGCAGGAUGAAGGAUGAGUCGUCCUCCAGCGACGAGGACUCUGUCACGGCCAAGCAGUCCAGCGCCAGCCUCCACACUCUGAUGUCCAACGUGACCUACAAGAAGACGCUGCGCCUCACCUCGGACCAGCUCAAAAGCUUGAAGUUGAAGAACGGUCCCAACGAUGUGGUUUUCAGCGUUACCACCCAGUACCAGGGCACCUGCCGCUGUGAAGGCACCAUCUACCUCUGGGACUGGGAUGACAAAGUGGUCAUUUCUGACAUCGAUGGAACCAUCACACGAUCUGACACGUUAGGGCACAUCUUGCCUACGCUUGGCAAGGAUUGGACGCACCAAGGGAUUGCAAAGCUCUAUCAUAAAGUCAGCCAAAACGGCUACAAGUUCCUCUACUGCUCUGCGAGGGCCAUCGGGAUGGCGGACAUGACGCGGGGCUACCUGCACUGGGUGAAUGAGCGGGGGACCGUGCUGCCCCAGGGCCCGCUGCUGCUCAGCCCCAGCAGCCUCUUCUCCGCCUUGCACAGAGAGGUCAUUGAAAAGAAGCCUGAGAAAUUUAAAGUUCAGUGUUUGACGGACAUCAAAAACCUGUUUCUUCCAAACACGGAUCCCUUCUAUGCUGCCUUCGGAAACCGGCCUGCGGACGUUUACUCUUACAAGCAAGUGGGCGUGACCUUGAAUCGAAUAUUUACCGUCAACCCCAAAGGAGAACUAGUACAAGAACACGCCAAGACUAACAUCUCGUCUUACGUGAGACUCUGUGAGGUGGUUGACCACGUUUUCCCAUUACUGAAAAGAAGCCAUUCUUCAGACUUCCCUUGUUCGGACACUUUCAGUAACUUCACUUUUUGGAGAGAGCCCUUACCCCCUUUUGAAAAUCAGGAUAUCCAUUCAGCCUCUGCUAACACGCACUGACAGCCUUGUGACAUCAAUGCAAAGGACUGGCUAACCUCCGAUUAAAGGAUAGGCUUUGUGAAGAGUUCAGUUGGAACUUGGGGCAUUGUAUCCAUUUGCUCAAAAAAAUUUAGAAAUGUUUUAUUCUCCCUCCCCACCUGAACUCCCCCAGCUUCCCCUUGAAACAACAUUUCUAAGUAACUUACGAAAAGUCUGUUUUAAGAGUUGGGGGAUCGUUGCUUCAUUCACUGUGGAGAAAGGCUUCCUUGUUGGUUGGUUCCGUCCAGGGACAAGGGCACAGUGUAAUAGCCCACCGUGGCCACCAUUGGUCUUUGCACUAUGCGGGCUCAGAAAACCGAAGUAGGACUUGCUAGAAGGUUUGCUGGUUUUUUUUUUGUUUUGAUGCAGACCUCAAUAUUACUCAGCAAAAUCAAAAAUGUGCCGUGCCUGUGAAAAGUGGGCAAAACAUUUCCGAGCAGCGUGGAUCCCAUGCGGCUUAUUUCUGAGCCAAAAGAGAUCUCACCACCUUGGAAGAGUGGCGUCAGAGGGAAGAGGCCUCUUCUAAGGGAGUCCUACCCCACUGCUGGGAAAGGGCAUUUACUUCAUGAAGUUCUCUCUGUUGUAUUUUUACGUUCUCUGGAGCUGAAUUUUGGUUGCGUCUUUUCACAUGGUUCUAAUCUCUGGGUGUCGGUGAAAAGUUCUCCGUGCUUGUACUCUGUGAAAGAUACCCUGAUUCCUCCUUAUCCAUAAUACUUAGCUAUGUACUUGGCGUAUUUAUUUUUCUUCCUCCUGCCCCCAUGCUCUACCCUCCCUGGAGACCACCCACUUCUGAGAGGGUUCCACUUUAGUGCUGUGGAGAUGAAGCUCCUUUUGGAAUAUGUCCAUUGUGGGUGCCAGUGCCCUCUGAAUGUCAUGAGACACAUAGUGGUCUUGGGGGCUGAGGUUUUCAGGCCAUUGUCAUGGCUCAUUUUACCGGUGAUCACCGUGUGCAAUAUUUCCCUUGUUAACAUCAUUCUCCUCAGCACACGGGGUAACCGAGGCCCUUGGGAAAAGGGCCGGUACCAAAAACGUGGCCUUGAGCUGAAUGUGUGCCAAAGGAGGGUGACGGUCGUUUUCUACUUUGUUUGAAGUCUUUCGAAGAGAACAUUAAACUGCAUUCUUUGUAGGUGUGGCUGAUGGCGUCUUCUACUCCUCAUUGUAUUCAUGUAUAAACAUGCUGGCUUGAUUUCUUCUGUAGUCAUUUGGAUGGUGAGCAUCCGAAUUCAUCAAUAAUAAUUUUAUUUUUUAAAAAAGAAAAAGCUGCUCAGCCAUUGUUCAGUUUCCCAUCUAAAGAGCCAUAGCCUGUAGAAUUUCACAGCAACGCAUCUUGUCUUAAAGUCUUCCUCUCCCCCUCAAUUAUAGGGCCCCAUGGAUGAACAGUUGGUUAAAAUCAGAUCCUGUUUCAGAUCUGGGUUUCUUUGAUCGUGGCAGGGAGGUGGCCAUUCCUUCUCAGGACCAGUAUUCAUCCGGCUGGCUCAUGGGGAAGAGAUUUUGGGAAAUGGAAGCCUGCCUUGGUGAUGAGACCGAGCUUCCUAUUUUUGAGGAUGUAUAUUUUUUUUAAAGAAAGUCUUACUUGUGUAGCUGGGAAUGCUUUCCUAUUUCAAUUGCACUAUCAGACAACUGAGAGAAACCUGGGAAUGGUUUAAUGAAGUCUUUAUUCUUUCUGUGAAAGAAAGUCCAUAGAUACUCCUUCACUCUGGUGAUUUCUCUCCCAGAAAGAACCCUUUUUUUCCUACCGUGAGUGGUUUGUAUAGACACCCAGGUCCGCACAAACAUACAGGCGUCUGCAUUUGUUGUAUUUACCAAAUGCACAGACAAACACAGGCGGGCUUAGCUCCUGGUUCUGCAUUCGCCCCUGUUGGGUUUGUAAGACCUUCUGAAGUGCACCCGGGCUUCUGGACCAUGGGAUGGUGGGGAGAAGUUUCAAGGGCAGGUAAGAAUCAUCCAACCUUGGGGGCAAGAAGAGCUCAUCCCAGCUCCUUCAUGCCUUACCUCCAAGAGUCACUUUGUCAGGGUUCAACCUGUAUCACUCCCAUUUAGAGUGGUGUUCAAGGACAUGGCACUUUGGGUGGUCCACAUGGAUGUGGCAUAUUACCCUUGCCAACUAGGCAAAUAUGAUUAAUAUGGAAGGUUUUUCAUGUUUAAGAUAAGGACUUGGGCACUUAGGAACAAUUAUAAUGAUAGCUAACGUUCAAGUUACAUUGAUACUUUAGAAAAUGAGAAUGUGUGUAUUAUAUACAUAUAUUACAAUAUGUAACAAAUAUACACAUUUUGUAACAGGCACACAUGUAUAUAUGCAUACGCACAUGCAUAUGUACACAUCUACACAUGUCAUUGUAAAUGCAUGCAUAUACGUAUGGUGUGCAUAUACAUGUAAUACAUCCACACACAUCUGUAUACAUCCACAUUUAUAUAUGUGUAUAGUCCACACAUGAAUGUAUGUUUCAGUGCGUGUCCAUGCCUGUAAGCAGGUAAAAUGGUAACUGUGACACUACCCUGCCAUGGUGGAUUUGAACAAGCAUUUCCACAUCACCCCAAGGAAUGUGAUUUUCUGAUUUGAAGCACAAAGUCAACAAAACAGUCAUCGCAGAUGAGGAAGAAUACAACACUCGCUAUGUUGACCACACGGUUCCAUUGGCGUGAAAGGAUUCCGUCUUCCAGAGAGGCAGGUCUUUCCCCGUGGGCCCAGUGUCCCAUGCCCAGGUCUAUGUAUGUCCGGUAUUUGCACUGUGUGUCUGCAGUGGUGUGGCGAUAAGCCAAAUCAUUGUCAUGCUUCAUUUUGUUGUGCUGGAUGCAAAUUCAGAAAACUUAUUUACAAUAAAUAAGAGUGAUGGAGGAA